CCCGCUCUCCUCCUCACCACCAAACCCCAGAUCCCAUCUUUGAUCCACCCUGGCGUCCACCAUGAUGGAAUCACGCACUGAAUCUGGAGGCGUCAUCCCGAUGGACUACGAAUGGCACGGCGGAAGCGCAGGGCCUGUCGAUUUCACCUCGCCCUUCUCACAAGUCAGGAAGCAGCCCCAGCAAGACAACAAGAAGCGAACACAUCAAAUCUUCGAUUCUCCUGAAAAACCGGCGAUACCAGCUCUGCGACCUCCGAAUUCGCAAUCCUCCUUCCUUUUCUCCCCGCAACGGCCACAGUCGCAAACGCAUGCGUCGGUAUUCGGACAACCAGCGUUCACGACGCCGCGGAAAUUAGAUGUGGACUUUUCAUCGGGGGCUGAGAAUUUGUCUUCGCCGGAGGUAGCUGAUAACGAGGAAACCCCGGAGCAGCAGUCGAAGGGCUCGCGGCGCAAUUCCUUGUUCAAUAUCUACGGCCGCUUUGCUCCCAGUCCCGGGCGAGGGGAGAUCCCGCGGACGAAUCACUAUACGAAUGCGGUCGCACGACGGAUACAUAAGAGGCGGCGACGAGAUAAGGCGCUUGGCAGGAGGGUGCGUGUGGAUGAUGAGUACGACGAUGACGAGAGUGACAGGGACAGGCCCAGCAGCAGUGAAGGUCGGCCAGGGAGGACGGGCAAACAGGAGAAGACACCGAAUGUACAGAAUGGAGGACCGGGCAAGAUGUCCUUUUUCAAGCAGUUGUUGACUCUGCUGGAAGAGCAUCCCAACGUGCCUGCUAUCCUGUCAUGGUGGGCUCAGCUUGUUGUGAACUUAUCCCUGUUCUCGCUUGCUGUGUGGAUGGUGUUUUCGUUUGUGUCCGAGAUUCGGAACGAGUUUGAUGCUGUGGCUAGCAAGGAGAUGGAUUCGAUUCUGCACAAUAUCGCCGAGUGCAUGCAGCGAUACGAAGAUAAUAAAUGCGCGGCUGGAAACCUCGUCCCGGGUCUGGUACCUAUCUGCGCAGCGGACAGAAAAUGCAUGGAUACGGAUCCUACCCAUGUCAGACGAGCGAUGCUGUCAGCAAGAACGAUGGCCCAAAUCAUCGACAGCUUCAUUGAACCUAUUUCCUGGAAAGCAAUCAUAAUCUUCCUCGCUACAAUCGGCACAGUAGCAUGGGCCAGCAACUGGUCCUUCCGCUCCUUCAGAAACCACCGCCUCAACCAUGGCUACCCACAACACGACUAUCCACCCCCACCCUCCUACAAUCCGAACAUGCACGGCCAACCCCUCCACCUGCAACAGAACCCGGCAUACGGAUUCUACGGCCAACAAGACCACCCCCGGGCCUCUCCGACUAAGAACUACGCCGAGAGAGAAGACGCGCCGCUCAUGCUGGAGAAUACCCGAUCGAUGGAUUUCGUUACGGAGCGGUCUCGCGAACGAGAGGGGCAUCUUCGUACGCCGAGUCCUUCGAAGCGGAUGCAUCGACAGUUUGCUUAGUACAUAGCAUGGCACCUACCAUGUGUAUGGAUUGUACUAUUUUGGGCGUCUUUUCUUUUGGGAGGGGUUUCGGUCGGGCUUUGGCAGCAUAAUGGGUUGCAUGGGUUUGUAUUAGGGUUGGUUGGGCGCGUGACAUGAAUUCGGAUUCGAGUUCUGGAGUUUGCACAUUUCUUGUAUACCAUCGUUGGGUGUUUUCAUUCUUAUUUCGGUUCGACUCUAUUCUUGUAUUUUUUUCUCUACUUGUCUUGGUUAAUGACGGCUCAACGCUCUUCUUUUCUUUUUGUUUGCUACAGGGUACAGCUACAAUUGAAAUACCCCAUACGGGUCUCAUCUGACAUA